AUGGCGAUCAUACCAGCACGCAAAGCUGUCGCAUUUUCCGUCAAGAGGGGCCAGGAAGUGAGGAUCGUUAACACACAUGGGAAGCAAGUGGUGGAUUUCUGGGCCUUCAACCCUGAUGAUGCGAACGACUUUUUGUCCAUGGUUCAUACCAGAACCAUUUUGCUCAAGGUGUCUCUUUCCAAGGGCGACACCCUAUACAGUACAAGGAGGAAGCCCAUGCUCGUCUUGACAGAGGACACAACAAAAGGCGUGCACGACAUCAUCUGGUCGGCCUGUGACGCUGAAAGGUAUCGCAUGCAAGGAUUCGACGGCUACCAUGACAAUUGUACCGACAACAUGCACCAGGCCUUGAAAGCCACCUUUCCACAGUUUCACAUCGCGGAUGAUUGGGUCCCCGAUCCCCUGAACCUGUUCAUGAAUGUUGCCAUUGAUCACCGUGGCACGCUAGACAUCAAGAACCCGACCUCCGAAAGGGGCCAGUUUGUAACCCUGCAGGCACAAACGGAUCUCAUCAUCGUCACCAGCGCUUGUCCUCAAGACAUGGCCCCAGUCAAUGCCGGUAUGCCGACAGAUUGCGAGUAUCUGGUUUCAGACGCGGGAAGCCUCACCCAAAUUCCACCCACGCCAUCAGCGAGACCCCGUCGCCGUGUCAAAGUGGCCCUGUCCUUUGAUUUCGACGCGGUAUCACAUUGGCUCGGCACGGGUUGCCACCCCGACAAUAACAUGGCCGACUAUAGCUCCGGUAUCUUUGCAGGCCAAGUUGGAGCUCUCCGCCUACUUGACAUGCUGAAGAAGUGCGGAGUCGCCGACCAGGUGACAUGGUUCAUUCCGGGCCACACCAUAGAGACGUUUCCUGAAACAGUCCAGCGGGUGGUUGAAUCCGGAGCGGAAAUCGGGCUUCACGGCUACUCUCAUGAAGGAAUCUAUCAGAUGACGGAAGAGCAGGAAAAGGACGUUCUGCUCAAGUGCAUCGACGUCGCGACAAAGUUGUGCGGCAGAAAGCCACGGGGAUACCGAGCCCCCAUGUACACCAUUAGGGAGACUACAGUCAAGCUGCUCCGCGAACACGAGUUCCUCUAUGACACAUCGCUCAUGCAUCACGACUCGCAACCCUACUUCACACCCAGCGACCCUCCAAUCAAGACCAUCGACUUCUCCAAGCCGGCUUCUUCCUGGCUUCACCCGACGCAGAUCUCGCCGCAGUCAUAUCCCCAGGGUGAACAUCCUCUGGUGGAGAUACCGUGUGGAUGGUACAACGAGGACAUGAUGCCGCUGCAGUACCUCCCCCAUUUGGCGAACAGCAUGGGCUACGUGUCGACUCGCGUUGUUGAGCAAAUGUGGAAAGACAAGUUCAUGUGGCUCUGGGAAAAUUCGUCUGAAGGAAGUGCCUCGGCGGACUUCAUCUUCCCGAUUUUGAUGCACCCGGACACUUCGGGUCUCGCCCAUAUCAUCGGCAUGUCUGAACGGUUCAUCAUGUGGCUGAAAGGAUUUGGAGACAGCGUGACGUUCUCGACUCACGAAAACAUUGCCAAAGAAUGGCUCUCUGAACAAAAGCAGAAUUUGGGCCUUGCGUGA